UGCACAAAUAAAAAUAAAAUCCUCACAUAAAAUACUUGGCAACCUUGCUUAACUUUGCCUGGCGGGAAAAAUCAGUUCUCUUUUUAUUAUUGCAUAUGCAUAUUUGUUGUGUGUUGUGUCUCUGUUGUGUAUCUCUGGUUUGAUCUAUGCUCUGUCUUGUUUCUCCAUGAACUGAAUGAACGUUUAAAAUGGAUUUUGGUAAUAGUGUGCUAAUUAAAGUAAAUAGCCUUGUUAUUGAAAAAAGUUACCAAGUAUAAAAAUAAUUCCAAUUAUUUUAUCUUCUGCAUAAUGCUAUGUGACAAAUACUAAUAAUAAUAAUUAUUAUGAUCUGUGCAAAUACCGUUGAAUGUUUUGUGUAUUAAUUUAAAACAAACUAUAAAAAUGGAUAGUUUAGUUUGGCAUAAUGUUUUAACUGAAUGGGUUAAUUGUUUAAACUUGUCCCAACCAAUAAAACAUAUAGAAGAACUUAAGAAUACCGAUUUUCUCCACAAAAUUUAUUUACUUUUAAAAAAAUCUAAUGCAGAAAGCGAUGAUCUAAAGUUUCUAUUUAAUUUGAUUUCAACCUUUUACCCAAAAUGCAUAUACGAAAUUUCUUCAAACCUAAAUUUGCAACAACUUACUACUAUAGAAAUCACAUAUCUUAUCUCUCUUUUAUUGCACUAUUCUUGUAUUUAUGACAGACGAGAUAUAUUAACUGUUCCAUUGUGUAAAGGACUAAAUAAAAAAACACAAAUAUACAUAAGAAACUUUUUGGAAAAGGUAAAUGCCACUACUUCAUAUGAUGAACUUAUAAAUAUCAUUAACUAUAAAUAUGAAAGAUAUUUAAUGGAUAAUAAUGCAUUGUGGCCUAAUAAUUAUUCAUUGGAACCACAAAGCCCUCUACAAGAAAUUUUUACUCCAAAUUCUAAAACUAAAUUACCGGAAAGUAAAACCAGAGAAAUCAUUCAAUUAAAAUCUGCACUAGAAUUGGAAAGAUACGACAAAGCCGAUAUACAAGAAGAAUUAAAGUUGCAAUUGGAUAUUAAUAAAAAAAUGGAAAAGCAACUACAGCAAAAACUGUCGGAAAUUUCUAGGCUUAAAAUGGAAGUUCUUACUUUAGAAACAAAAACUCCAUCAUAUUGUCAGGAUAAUGAUUUUGUAGAAAUCCAAAAGCAAUUAAAAAGUGAAAUUUUAAGUUUGGAACAAUAUAUAAGCCAGAGUGAUGAAGAGCAAAAAGUUCUUAGGAAAGAAAAGGAAGCAGCAAAAGAAAUGAUAAGAAAACUAGAACAAGAGGUAUCCAUAUGGCAAGAAAGAUUUUUUUUAACAGAAAAUAACUUGCAAACAUUGAGUGAACAGGCGAAAACACAAGAGAUAUUAUACAAAAACCUGCAGCAACAUUGCACAGAACUUGAGGCUUUUCUUGAAGAAACUAAAACCCCAAAUGACAGCCAUCUAGACGAAUUUUACCUUACAAAUAAAUAUCCACUAACUACGGAAGAAGAUCUUGCUCAUUCAGUUGUUGAUUUACAACUAAAGGAUGUAAAAAAGCAAAAUGAUGAGUUAAAAUUAAUGUUAAAAGAAUCACAAGAACUUUCAUUCAUCCAUAAAAUGGAAAUUGAAAAAUUAACCCUCCAAUUAAAGGAUAGUGAUGACCAAUGCGUAAAUCUAAUUCAUAAUAAUAAAAUACUAAUACUAAAGGCAUCUGAAGCAGAAAAUAAUUUAGACAAAUUAGGUGCAGUGUUAAUGUCAAAAAAUAAAAUAAAGUUUGCUAACUUAAUUAACCAGUUAGACAAAGCAUUAAAAGCUAAAUGUGAAUUAGAAAUAUUAGUUAAUCAAAACAUUGCAAAUGCUAAAAGUUUAUACAGUAAACAAAAACAAGAAAAUUUAGAACUGUCUUUAAAGUAUAAAUUAAUUGAUGAACUUUAUAAAUAUGAAAUAGAAACUGUUAAUUAUUUAAAUGAAGAACUUCAACAUGUAAAAGUUUAUAAUUUUCAUUUGUUAAAAGAAGUCUCUGAAAUAGAGGAAUUGUUAAAAUCUUUGGAAGGCAGCAAUGAACAUAAAGACAAAACAAUUAUUAAUCUUGAAGCAAAAAUUGAAAACAUAAAAGCGGACUUACGAAACACAUUAAAUGUUUAUGAAAAUAACAUGAAAUAUUUAAAUUUUAUAUUAAAAGAUUAUAAUCAAUUGAGUUGCAAAAUUACAAAUUUAAAUUCUGAAAUAGUUGAAAUAAAAAAAGAAAAUAAAUACUUGUGUGAAAAUUAUAUAUUUAAUAAUAAACAAAUAGAUAAUGAAUUUAUAUUACUUAAAAGUAAAAUAGAUUUUCAUUCUAUUUUAAAACCAUCUGAAGAAAAAGAAUCUAAUUUAAACAAUUUAAUAUCACUGUAUAAAAGUUAUUUAAUGAAAAUUAAAAAAACUUGCUUGCAAGAAAAAGAAGGUACAAUAAUGAUUAUAGAAGAAACAAAAGAGAAAAAUAAUAUUGAGGUAAACAAUUUAAAAUGUAUUUUAAAUGAACAACAAACAGAAAUAAGUCAAUUAAAAGAAAAUUUAGUUCUAAAAGAAAAUGAAUUAAAAUAUUUAAAUGAUAUCAACAUUAAUUUUAAAAAUAAAGUGGAAAACUUAAAUAAAGAAGUAAUAAAUUUAAAGUUAACAAAGGAAAAAUUAACUGAAUCCUGCCUCUGCUAUAAAGAGUAUUGGCUAAAAGAAAUUAAUGAAGUAAAUGAUAUUUUUAAGAAGUUACAUAAUGUUAACUUUUAUUUGGAACAUGAAAAAAAUAAAUAUUUAGAUAUAACAAAAACAAAUAUUAUUCAUAACCCAAUAUCAAAUGUAAUACAACAAAACACAAAUAUAAUAAAACAUGCAUGUGAUUUAGACACAGAAGUAAAAGAAAAACCCAAUGAACAAGAAAAAAAAUUUUUCUUAAAUUGUAUGGAUAAUAAACUUUUAUUAAAAGACAUCAAUAAAGAAAUACUAUUAUUGAAAAAUAUAUUAUCAUUAAAAGAAAGGGAUGACCAAUUACAUAAAUUUGAUACUAAUGAAUUCUUAAUUAAAAUUAAUUCUGUAGAAAAAAGAAUUGUAAAAUUUAAUUCGUUUAAAGAUGCAUUUGAAAGUAUUAUUAUUUUAUUUAAAGAAAGGCAAAUGAAAUUAAUUAAAACUCAAUAUAAUGAAGAAGAUAUAAAAAAUGUAAUCCUAGAAUUAAACAAAUUUUGGGUUACAUCUUUAAAAAAUGAAAUACAUUAUAUUAAACAAAUUAUUUUAUUAAAAGAUGAAUUACAUGUUUAUAUGGACAAAUAUUCCAACGCAGUUAAAGAAGGCCAAAAAAUAAGGGAUGAGUCUAAUAUUGAAAUAACUGAUUUAACAUGUAAUAUACAUAAAGUCUUACAAAAAUAUAAUAUUUUAGAGAAAAAAUACGCUGAUCUUUUUGAAAACAAUAGCAUACUGGAAAAUUCUAAUACAAAAUUAAAGACAAAUAAUAAUUUAUUAAAUAUGGAAAUAGAAGACAAAUAUAUUGUGAUGGAUGAUGAAAAAAAUAUAAUGGCAAAUAAACAAUUUAAUUUAAAUAUUCAGAGUAAACAAACACAAAAGACAAUUGCUAAUCAUAGCAAUGCAAUUUUAAAUGAAAAUAUUAUUACUAAGCAGGCACUUGAAAAAAAUAUUUAUCACGAACGAGCUUUAAAUAUUGAAUAUCAACGUUUAAAAGAUGUUUACUGUAAAACUAAAAAUGUAAACUCAACACUUGAAUCUGAAAAUAAACGCUUGCACACUUCCAUUUUAAGUAAAACCGAAGAAAAUAAAAAUUAUAUUCACGUUAAGGAGGCUUAUGAAAAUUUACUUGAAGAAAAUAAUAGACUUAUGACUGAAUUAGAUACUAUUAAAUAUAAAAGAAAAAAAGAAAAGGAUGAAGUAACAGAAACAAAUAAAAGAGUAAUGGAAAAAAUUAAAAAAGAAGAAGCAGGGAAAAUUAAACACAUUCGUAUUGAAUAUGAAGGUAAACUGGAAAAAAUGAAAGAAAAAAUGCUAAAGCUAUAUAAACAGGAACAAAGUAAAGCAAAAACAAACAUCGAAGAAAAAGUAUAUAGUUUGAAAGUUCAGCUUGAUGAAGCCAAAAAGAAACUUAAUAUUUUGGAAUCUGAAAGACUUGAAAAGGGUUCAAAAAUAAAUCAGUUUGAAUCAUCAGGUCACUGGGAGACUUUACCACCAAAGGAAAAAGAUAAAAAAAUUCAAUAUUUUGAAACCCAGUUAAUGAGUGAAAAUCUUGAUACCAAUCAUAUUAAUACAGCUAGCUGGCCAUAUACUAUAGGGUCUAAUUUAAAUAUGGAAGAUGAAGAUGAUGAUUUAUUUAACGAUAAGUAUCUUUUGGACUUAAAAGAAGGCACCAAUUUUCUGACUGGAAGGGAAUCAACUGCAAGUCGAGUUUCUGUACUUGCACAUAGAAACUCAAAAGUACCUCCUCAUUUAAAAUCUUCAUAUCCAGCAGAAAUGCAAUUUGUUAGUCCAAGUCAUUAUAAGGAAGAGGAAAUAAAAACAGGGUCUGUUUGUUUAGAUGAUAGUAUGUCUAAACUUAUACCAUCAGAAAAACCUGAUAAACGCCAACGAAAAGAUUUUGGAACAACAUCAUACAAAAAACCCGGACCUCCUACUCCCAGCAAAAAUGGUGGACGUCUAUCUUUACAUAACAAUGAGGUUUACUCUCUUCAAGAUCACAAUGAAAAACAUACACCAAAAAAAGUGACUCCAAGAUUAAAAACUUUAUUUAGAGGCAGGCAUUCCAACUUUAUGAGAGAUAACUUUGAGAAUCAAUCCACACCCAAAAGGCGAAGUAUUUUUCGAAAACCUAAACCCUAAGUUAAUAUAUACCCAUAAAUAAGUUUAUAUUUAAUAUGAUUAAAAUUUAUAAUUUUUAUUACAAACCAUUUAUAUUUUAACACGUAUUAAUAAAAGUAAUAAUAAUAGA